UAUGAUAAUUUUGUUCUUGCUGGGAUGCAAUUUAAAUAUACUCUUUUUGUAAGAGUAUCUGAUGGAGGCACUCCAGAAUUAUCAAAUGCAGACUGGCCAUUCAAUAACAUAAGAUAUACAAUUGAUGGAGGUAAUCUGGGGACAACUUCCAAAUUUUACAUCGAACCAAACACAGGAAUAAUAAAAUUGUUGGAUUCAUUAGACAGAGAAAUUCAAGCCCAAUACAAAUUAGUAGUAAGAGCAACAGAUACAGACAAUGACAUUGAACCCGAUCCACUCAGACAGAGAAGUAGUUCUGUUGUUGUGACCAUCAAUAUCUGGUAGUCCAAUGACAAUCUACCUCA